ACUGAAGACUUGAGAUGGCUCGAAGUCGAAGCUUUGUUCUAUGGCUUCACGGUUUGGGUGAUUCUGGUCCUGCCAACGAACCCAUUAAAAGCCUCUUCACCUCUACUGAGUUCUCUAACGCCAAAUGGUCCUUUCCCUCUGCGCCUUCUGCUCCAGUCACUUGCAAUUAUGGCCAUGUGAUGCCCUCCUGGUUUGACAUUCACCAAAUUCCUGUCAAACCUAAUUCUCCGAGCGAUGAGAAUGGUUUGCUUAAAGCUGUUAAGAAUGUGCAUGCCACAAUUGACAAGGAAAUUGAUGCUGGCACGAACCCUAAUAAUAUAUUUAUAUGUGGAUUCAGUCAAGGAGGUGCCCUGACCUUGGCUAGUGUUCUGCUGUACCCAAAAACUUUGGGUGGAGGUGCAGUCUUUAGUGGCUGGGUUCCAUUUAGUUCGUCUAUUGCUGAACAAAUUACCCCCGAGGCAAAACAGACACCCACAUUAUGGUCCCAUGGGAUGGUCGAUGGAACAGUCUUGUUCGAGGCUGGACAAGCAGGUUCCUCGUUCCUUGAAAAAAUUGGCGUUCACUGCGAGUUUAAGCCUUAUCCUGGUCUUGGCCACUCUAUAAGCAAUGAGGAGCUGCGAUAUCUAGAGUCAUGGAUCAAGGCACGCCUACAGAGUUCCUCCUAAUAUCUUCUGCUCUUGCAAUAGUAUUUUUUUAUUUUUAAGUUGGUGUUAGUGGCUUGGUCUGUAAGACAGUUAUUCCUACUCAAUGGCUAAAAGGGGUUAGUGAGAGAGCGUGAUGGCUAUCUUACAUUGCAUAUUUAUUGGUAGAUUUAAUGGGACAACCUUUUGAUUGGUCUUUGCAUUCGAUUGUUAUCAAUAUUUAACAGGAAUAAAAGAUUU